AGAUAUGGUCAUUCCAUUGAUGUGGUGUACAGUCGAGGGAAGAGUAUUGGUGAAGAGUGAGGACGGUCAUACAUGCCUUCUACCCAAAGAAUCACAGAAAGAUGGAAGAGUGUAGCUGACUGCCUACCCCGUGUGUUCCUGGUGAAUUUUGAGUUUGGAUGUGCCUCAUCAUAUAUUUUUCCAGAACUUCAGGAUGGGCUAUCUUUUCAUGUCUCUAUUGCCAGAAAUGACACUGUCUAUAUCUUAGGAGGACAGUCACUUGCCAGUAACAUCCGCCCUGCCAACCUGUACAGAAUAAGGGUCGACCUUCCCCUGGGCAGUCCAACUGUGAAUUGCACUGUCUUGCCGGGAGGAAUCUCUGUCUCCAGUGCAAUCCUCACUCAAACUAACAAUGAUGAAUUUGCUAUUGUUGGUGGGUAUCAGCUUGAAAAUGAAAAAAGAAUGAUCUGCAACAUCAUCUCUUUGGAGGACAACAAGAUAGACAUUCGUGAGAUGGAGACCCCAGAUUGGACCGCAGACAUUAAGCACAGCAAGAUAUGGUUUGGAAGCAACAUGGGAAAUGGAACCGUUUUUCUUGGCAUACCAGGAGACAACAAACAGGCUGUUUCAGAAGCAUACUAUUUCUACAUGUUGAAAUGUGCUGAGGAUGAUGUGAUUGAAGAACAGACAGCAUUCACAAACAGUCAGACAUCAACAGAAGAUCCAGGGGACUCCACUCCCUUCGAAGACUCAGAAGAAUUUUGUUUCAGUGCAGAAGCAAAUAGUUUCGAUGAUGAUGAUGAAUUUGAGACCUAUAAUGAAGAUGAUGAGGAAGAUGAGUCUGAGACCUGCUACUGGAUUACAUGCUGCCCUACUUGUGAUGUGGAUAUCAACACUUGGGUACCAUUCUAUUCAACUGAGCUCAACAAACCUGCCAUGAUCUACUGGUCCCAUGGAGAUGGGUACUGGGUCCAUGCCCAGUGCAUGGAUCUGGCAGAACAUACACUCACCCAUCUAUCAGAAGGAAGCAACAAAUAUUACUGCAAUGAGCAUGUGGAGAUAGCAAGAGCUCUACAAACCCCCCAAAAAGCCCAACCCUUAAAGAAGGCUCUGAUGAAAUCCCUCCAUAAAAAGGGAUCAGGGAAAAUCUUUACUCCUGUCAAAAAGUCCUUUCUUAGAAGGUUGUUGGAUUAGUUUUGCGAAAGUCUAUCAGAUUCAAGUGCGUGGAAUUUUUAAACUUUUUUUUAAAUCAUAAUGAUGAUUUAAAAAAAUGUGUUUCUAUUUUUGUUUAUUGAAAAUACAUGUGUUUUCUUUUAGUUACAUGAACUAAGUGCCAGAAAGAUGUGCUUAUAAUGCAAUGAUAAAUGCUGUCAUUCUAGAACCUAUACAUCUUGAAAAUAUUUUAC